AAAGUUGAUAAGAUUAGUGUUCCCGACGGGACGUAGAAGCAUUUGAGGAACGUAUCAAAAUAUCUUUCAAUGUUUAUAAUUAUACGCUUUAAAUUGGAUUCUAAUGUACCUUUUUAUUGCCAGUCUUAAAACUUGUUUGACAUUAGGCACUUUACUCUGUCGUUGCAUUAUGUUUGACGUUACUCUGAUAAGACGAACCGUGGGAAUUGAUAUAUAAAUACACGAUAACGUUAGCUUAUCUGUAACACAUAGCAUAAAUUUAAAUGAUCAAUGAAACAGCUCGUACCUUCUAUCUUCGGGAACCCACUUUAAAAGCUUUUUAUAAUAUAAAAUUCUAAAGCAUUGUACCUUGAAAAUACGUUUUUCCCUUGUUAUGAAUAUACAUGUAUUCGUUCGAGGUGUUGUUUUAUUAAAUUAUCAUUGAACGUUACGAUCGAUUUUUUUACAUUUUCUCCGUGCAUUUAUUACAGCGAUUAUAAAAUACUUUAAAGUAUAGAGGAUGUUAUAACUUUGUAAUCUUGACACGUAUUUAAGCAACGUUAAUUUCGAAAAUAAGUAAAUGUCUGGGAGCGCUCGACGUAGGUACGCUCCUGUGAAUGCAUAAAAACACCACCUGUGCUUGAAGUGGCUGAACUAUUCUGACUUCGAAUCGAAAAUGGCUGACAACGGGGAUGUUGUGAACAGUUCGUCGUCAGGCAAAGCGGCUAGAAAUACCGUUAUCGAUGGACCUGUCACUGACCCAGCAUCGAAUACUAAGAGCCUAGAGGCAUCAAAUAAUGCCUUUCAAGCCGCGAGAAAAAAAUUAGAUUCCAAGUCUGGAGCCUUGAAGAAAUCCAGCCGAUAUCGUAGCCGCUCGUUGUCAGCCAGUAGCACAGACAGUUAUAGUUCUGCCUCUUAUACAGCAAGUUCAUCGGAUGAGGACGAUGUCUCGCCACGUGAGAAAAUCCAGAAAACGGAAAAGGGCUUCACCGAUUUUUGCGUGCGCAAUAUCGAUCAGCACGCAUUUGGCCGUAGAGAGAUAGAAAUAGCGGAGCAAGAAAUGCCCGGAAUCAUGGCGCUUCGUAAACGUGCGGCUGAAGAUAACAGUUUACGCACGCCCGAUUUAACUUGGGAAAAAGUAAGGUCUCAAGUGGAUCAUGUUAUCUGGCCAGAUGGAAAGCGCAUCGUGCUAUUAGCGGAAGGCCGUUUAGUCAACUUAUCUUGUUCCAGUAUUCCCUCAUUUGUUGUAUCAAUUACAGCUGCUACUCAAGCGUUAGCGCUCAUUGAAUUAUUCAACGCGCCUCCGGGACGAUACAAAAGUGACGUUUAUCUGCUACCCAAAAAGAUGGACGAAUACGUGGCAUCCUUACACUUACCAACUUUUGAUGCCCACUUAACGGAAUUAACGGAUGAGCAAGCCAAAUACAUGGGACUUAAUAAGGCUGGACCUUUUAAGCCUAACUAUUACCGCUAUUAAAAUGCGAACGAGUGACACAGUACAGUUCACACGGCGUUCUAAUUAUUAUGUUUUUAAGUAUUAAGAAAGCUGCCCCGUUUCAGUGAAUUACCUUCUAUUGAUCACGAUCAUUCGAAUCAAUAGAGAUUUCUGAAUAAGAUUUCGUGUUCCCUUUAUCGUACACAUAAGCUGUUCUAUUAAGGUAGAAGAGUAUUCUUUCCGUGUGUUCCAACAGAAACGCCGCCUCAGCACUGGUUGCAAUAAUCAAUAACUAGAAGUUACAUAAGCGAAUAUGUAUGUAUCGAAUUAACUUCCUCGCCUGUAUAAUGGAUUAAUUUAUGAACUGUGCAAGCAGAGAGUCAAACGUGCAGUUGUUCAGUCGCAUCAGACGCGGAGUUUGCCAAAUGCCAGUUUUCUUAUGGCAAAGAGAAAGAGAGAGAACGAGAGAGAGAGAGAGAGAGAGAGAGAGAGCGAGAGAAAAAGAAAGAGAG